AUGUCUUCUGGUUCAUAUCUAAUUGGAGUUGGUGGAGGUUCAGCCAGCGGCAAAACUUCUAUAAGCCAUAAGAUCCAGGAAGCCAUUGACAGCGGGGACUGUACAUUGAUAAGCUCCGAUUGCUUCUAUAAGGAGCUUUCCCAAAGCGACCUUCAGAACUUACACAAUUAUAACUGGGACCACCCAGAUGCAUUUGACUUCGAGGAAAUGCAACACUGCCUGUCCAAGCUUCUGAAUGGAGAGGAAGUUAAUAUCCCUGUAUAUGACUACGUCAAUAAUAGACGGUCAGAUACCCCCAUUGCUGCCAAGCCAACCAGAGUCAUAAUCUUGGAAGGGAUUAUGGCGUUGUAUGAUCCAAAGAUCAGAGACAUGAUGGACUUGAAGAUCUUCGUCCACACUGAUUCUGAUGAGUGUUUAGCACGCAGGAUUCUGCGAGAUACACAAUACCGAGGAAGAGACGUGCUUUCAGUCAUAAACCAGUACAGAAGAUUUGUCAAGCCGGCUUUUGAUGAAUUCAUAAGCCCAAUGAUGAAGCACGCUGACAUCAUUGUCCCAAGAGGAGCAGAAAAUAAAGUAGCUCUUGACCUCUUAACCAAAAACAUUAAGUUAACGAUUGAGAGCUAA